CAAAAUCACGGGUCGAUUCCAUACGAGGAGCGCACUACAUCCUCCAGUACUCACAAGUAGACUAUACAGACUCUGGUAUGCCUCUCCGCCUCCGUCAGGCGGUCCCGGGGCGUCCCAACGUUCGUUGCCCGCAGAGCACAGGUGUCAUCACUGUCGGAACUUCAGGAUACAUUGCAUAUGCCUCUUCAUCUAAUGUCGUACUCUUGGCGCCAGAGUCCAACCUGGCAGAGACUCUUGAAUUCUGGUUAGCAUUGCCUCAUAGAGCAAGCUCGUCCAAGAAAGGUCAGGUCGAUGGCGUAGUGUGUGCAUCUCAUGACGGAUUUAUCAUUGCAUGGAGCGACAGUAACGUGGUCGUCUGGAAACACCAGCCUCAGAGUCUCGGCAGAAGCAAGUGGUCUAUCCACUCGACCAUUGUAGCUUCAAGUCCUAUAUCGUGUCUCGACUUUCACUCUGGUUCUUUGGCACUGGGGACCCAUGCUGGGAUUGAAUAUUGGCGCAUCAACGCUGGCUCUGAUGUGGUAGUCUGGGAUCGUCUCUGGGAGCGCCAUGUCCCCGAACCUACGUCCAUCAAGAUAUCUCCUUGCUCUAACCAUAUCUGCUGGUUCAAAAAGGACCAAAAGUGUGCAUACAUCAUGACCAUAGACAGGAAAGGCAAACCGGCGGGAGUACCACAAGAGGUACGACAUCCGAGAGAGAUAGCGUGGAUAGGGUGGCGAAAGUCUGGUCCCACCGGUGAUCCCUACCUAUACACUAUCACGACCAACUCGGUCUUCCGGAUCUACUCGCCAGUGCUGGACGACCCUGUAUGGUUUCAGCUCCUCCAUACUCUGGACCACCGAACGUUCAGUCGGCUUUCCACCCCGGCAUCAACCGCAAAGGGCAAAAUGCCAGAAUGGAACGGAUUCGGGGCAAUGUGGGUCUGGGACGCAGAGGUGGUCAAGUCGGCUAUCCGCGCUCAGCUGGAGCAGGCCAAGGUGGAUAGGCCGAAUGGAGUGGAGGCAGGGAUGAAGAUCCUGGAGUCUAUGGAGACGGAAGAGAGUGACGUUGUGGCGUGGGCUGGACCUGAAGGAGGGAUCUCUCUACGUUCCGUCAUCAAUAUGGACAGAAAACCCCCAACUUUACUCAAGUCUCUACCCCUAGCGUGGGCUAGCCUCCCGUCUCUUGCACCUGCCUCGCAGUGGUCCCCACAAACCCUUCUGCUACACAUCCCGGGCUCUUCAAACCUCACAGCCGUGCUAGCUCCGUCCUCCUCUUGUCCUCACACAUCCUCGUUCCGAAUCUCCCUACCCAGCCUUCUCUCCUCCAUACCAGACAGCAUCUACCCCACUAGCUCUUCAUCUCCUGAAGAAUCCACUCCCGUCCAGCUCGACCACAGUAUCACCUCGCUCAUCCGUACGCCCAACGGGCGAGGUCUGCUGGCCCUCUCGGAGCAAGGCGGGGUCAGUACGUGGUACAAGCAGCAGCUUGGUUUCGCUCCUAGCUUGUGGGAUUCUACACAGAAGCCACUAGUGGGCAAGGGCCAGUGGAAGGUCGAACAUGCACCGAGGCAGGGUGCAAUGUUUUCCAAAGGCCGGGCUAUUGUAUUCUAUACGAAGCCUGCGGAUGGACCUGCUACUGUCACUCUGCAGCACCUCAAUCCCGGAAGCGCCACCCCCUUAGACCCCCUCGUGCUACCCCAUUUCAAUCCUUCAGACGACGAUGAGAUAGGCAUGCUAUUGGCAGUCUCGGAUAUCGAUGAUGGGUUUGAUAAGCCCGGUCGACGGACCAACCGGGCUAUCAUCACCGCUGCGACGCAUUCGGGCGAAGCUUGGGUUUGGCGAGUAUCUUCUCGGCUGAAUCCCAAUGGAGAUACACCCUACGGCGAACAGCCCACAGUCUCUCUCCUCUCGCACUAUCGCCUACCGCUCGACCGCACCCAUACGCAGAACAGGCAGAACAUGGUCUUGCCAGUAGACCCGAUGGGGUGGCAUCAGAAUGUGAUUGACUGGGCGACAGAUACGCCUCUGCAGGAUAUGAUUCUGUCCAUAUCUGCGAAUGGUGAUUUGGAGUUUUGGACGCCCAAGCUGGGGCAACAUUUGGCCGGAGAAAAAGCCAAGGAAGAGGAACAGGGUGGAAUGACGCAUACGGAUAGGGCAUGUGAAGUAAAUGGAGGACACAUUCAUAGCAAGGGUGAGGGGAGAGGGGAGGAUGAGCCGUGGGUGAGGACGGGAGUAGUAAAGACGGGGAGGAAGAAUGUCAAGAUGGCGAGAUGUAGUUCGAGAAAGAAGUCUGUUCUGGUGUCCGAGCUGGAAGACGGAAGGCAGGAGAUGACGGUAUGGGACUCGAAAGUCAGCGAGUUUUCGACCGGUUGGGAGUUGACCCGCAUUUACGAAGCGAGCGACAAAAUCCAAGACCUCGAUUGGACGACUACCUCCGACCUCCAAUCCGUCCUAGCCGUCGGCUUCCGCCAUCGAAUUGACCUCAUCUGCGAACAACGCAUGUCCUACGCCGAGACGACCCCCGGGUGGGCUCCUUUCCUGUCCAUCGACAUGUCAGCAUAUACGGGAGUGCCUAUCAACGACUCAAUAUGGCUCGCAGGAGGCAGCUUGGCGGUGGGAGCGGGCAACCAGGUGUACAUGUUUAGCAGAUUCUUGGAAAAGAAGACUGGCGAGAAGAAGGAGGAAGCAGUGGAUGAAGAGGAGGACAUCUUUCAACUCAUUGCUCACCAGAAUGGUCCCUUGGUGGACUAUCAUCCAGUCAUGCUUGCGCAGUGUCUGCUUUGGGAUAAAUCAACACUCGUCAAGAGUAUCUUGGAGCGACUGGUGAAAGCCUUGAAAGAGUGUCAGGAAGAGGGAAAGACGCGUUUGAAAUUCGAGAGGCUGGAUCCGAUCGAAUUUUACUCCUCAAAGGUGACUUCGAAACCUGUCAAGGCUCAUGCUAGGAGAUAUGACAGUCUCUUUGAUUCGGCACCAUUGAUUGAUGACGAGGAGGAGGAUGACUUCAGUCCCAAGACCGUGUCAGACCUGGUCGACAGGCUACAUGGUCCUGUCGAUAUACCAUUAGACGAUGCUACCAAGUCGUUUCUGGCAACUGUGGCGCAAGUCACUCUGGAAGCAGAGCGACAACGCCGAUCCCUCGAUAUCUGCGGGAUGCGCUAUCUCACGUCCAUACGCAUGUCCGUCAACUGGGAUCGUAUCCACAAGACAUCAGGCAAUGUCACGCCCUCAUCCGGGGCAAGUCUUGGGCAGAAUCUCGGCGCGAGCGGCAAAGGAGCUAGCCACUUGUCGUUCAGAAACAUGGUCUGGGCGAUGCAUAGCGAAAGCCAGGAUAUUCUGAUGGAGGCUGCCACCCAAUGUUGCUCUAACGGCAAGAUGGUGUGGAAGGAUGCAAAGAAGUUUGGAGUGUUUUUGUGGCUCAAGUCGGCUGAGACUGCGAAGUCCCAGCUGGAAGUCAUCGCCCGGAACAGGUUUAUGGCCGACGAAGAUCGUGAUCCUACAUCCUGCUCGCUGCUCUUCUUCGCCCUCGGCAAGAAGAAGGUAGUCCACGGUCUAUGGCGCCAAGCUCCUGGUCACAAAGAACAGCAGCUCAUGCUGAAAUUCUUGGCCAACGACUUUACCCUCGACCGCUGGAAGACUGCCGCCGCCAAAAAUGCGUAUGCUCUUUUAAGCAAACAGCGCUACGAGUAUGCAGCUGCAUUCUUCAUGCUCGCGGGCCAAGCCAAAGAUGCUAUCAACGUGUGCUUGAGGCAACUAGAUGAUUGGCAGCUGGGCUUGGCUUUGGCCAGAGUAGUAGAAGGCGGGACAGAAGGACCGAUCUACCGUGUAAUUGUUAGUGAGACGGUGCUGCCUAUGGCGUUUGAGGGUGGCCAUAGGUGGCUGGCGACAUGGGCCUUUUGGGUGUUGGGCCGAAGGGAUCUCUCCGUGAGAGUGCUCAUCUCUCCAAUGGGCGAUGUGGCUAGCAGCUAUGAACCAGAGAAGGCGCUGAAGGUCGGCAAUCCAGACAAUGACGACCCAGCCCUGCUACUCAUGUUCCAAUACCUCAAAGCCAAGUCUUUACAGACUGCCAAGGGCACAAGCGAGGUGUCUGCGAAAAGGGAGUUUGACUUUGUCUUGCACAAUGCUAGAGUAUUCUUUCGCAUGGGAUGCCACAACCUCGCACUCGACUUGCUUCGAUCCUGGUCGUUUGAACGACCGUUUUUCCCCGUCAACAGGCGGCGUCGCAUGUCAAGCAUAUCCCAGCGGGCAUCGACUCCCCAGUCAUCCACGUUCACAUCAACCAACUCUCCUUCAGACACUUGGGUCAGCCCGUCCAGGCGUCGCCGACCGUCAUUUCUACUCUCAGGCACAAAUGGCAGGCCGCGAGAGUCAUCGUUCAUGGACUUGGAUGUCCUUGCUGAGAGUGGAGGCAGUACGAGGGCUACUAGCCCGUCCCAUGUCGAGGAUGAACAGCCAAAGCCUCAAAUCUUGAAUGGACAACCCAAGAUUGAAGAACCUGCUUCAGUCGUUGAAGAGGAGCCAAAGGCGGAAGAACCGCCUCCAAAGAAGAUUGGCAACCUGAUGAAGGAGCUGAAGCAGGACGUGCAGCAAGGCGCUAUGGAGUUCAAUAUGGACAGCUUCUUCUAGACAUAUCUAUGCAUGGCUCCGGA